GUUGCUGUCUACGUCUGGUCCUCUUUUCGUUUCCAUGGUUACAAAAGAGCCUCGCACUAACACAGACGGGAGCGGCUUUUGAUAACGUGCAAGGAAUUAUGUCAGCGGUUCACGGCCAAGCGGUUGAUCUACAACAGGCCAGCCAGUUGUGGUCUAUGCUUGAUGAGAUGUCCGAUAAUGAUCCCGAAAGCUACCGUACAUUCAUACACCGACAGCUUAAGGAGAGCGCCGAGUUCUGCGCCCCACCUCAAGCAUACGCUUGCAUACGCACGGUUGUACAGGAGCCGAAGGAAGGGCUUCUCUAUAUCAACCUGUGCAGCUGGAAACGAAUCCCUGCGCCCAAGGGCCAUUCCCAGCCUGUUCCUGUAGUUGGAGGGAGACUGGAGACAUUGUCAGAUGACAGCGAGACCUACAGCGUGGUGGAUGUUGCCUUUAACCCCAGCGUGCUGCAGGGGGCGCAGGAGAGCCCACAGGAGAGGGACCAGCUCCACCUCCUGGCUCUCAGCUUCAUCCAGCAGCAGCAUGGCCUACGCCUGUCCCAGGACUACACCCUGCUCAGCGGCAGGCUGAAAGGCACUGCCCAAAGCAUGAGACUCCGCCUGGCAUCUAAACGCCAGGAUACCCUGUCUGCUCCUGCCCCAAAAUCCCCUUCAGGCUCCUCUCUCCUCCAGCAGAUCUCCUCUCUACGAGGGGAGCAGGGGGAAAGCGAGGACAGCCCUCCUAUCCAGCUGACCCCACAGAACCGGACUGGCCCAGCGAAGCCGGCUCUCAUCCAGGUCAUCUCCAGCACGGAGUCCGCCCAGCCGCGGCGCCCAAGGCACCAGCUCAGCACCGCCACGGAUGCUGACGGGACCGCCAAGACCGUCCAGCUGACCGUGGAGCUGCCCGGCGUCCGCUCCAUGUCCGAGUGCCAGCUCAGUUUAUCCCAGGAUGAUGUGUUGCUGGAGGUUGGGGACACGUACCACCUGCAUCUGGAGCUACCGGAGGCAGUAAGAGAGGAGGAGGCCAGCGCAGUCUUUAACAGGAAGAAACGCACACUGUCCGUCACCAUGCCUGUGCUGUAGACAUUCCCUGCCCUGCACAUACCGCUCUGCAAACACAAUGCCAUUUUGAACUGCUUACAAAGAUUUGGGCCAAAAAUAGGAAUCUCCCUCGCUCUGGAGAACAGUAUUGUACAUAUACGCCCUGCUCUUGCCAUGUUGAUGAAAGACUAUUUGAAGUAUUAUUCAUCUGUAAUCUCUAGUUUGCAUUACAUUUUUAGGCACCAGUUUUGGAAAAAAUAUAUCACCUCAGUUGUCUGGCUCAGUUGAGAAGAAAUUGCAUCUUCCACAAAUGUAAUAAAAGUAAUCAGUAAAAUGAGAACCAAACACCUAUCAUUCCCCACUCUCCCACAGACUAAGUUCAUAAUGUUAUGCUUCAUACAAAUCCCUGGGAUAAAUGUUUAAUUUUGAUCCAUUAGCCCUUAUUUGUAUGAGAAGUAAAACAUCUGAACUCUGAUUUUUCCACACUUUUAUUGGAACUCUUUUUGUAACUUGCAUAGUUUAAAAUAACUAUUUCCAGAUUUAACACAAAUGAAAUAUGAUUUAUUUGUGGACAGUCAUGAAG